ACCAGGCUGCUGUUGUACUUUCCUCCGCAGUCAGAAACUCAGAGUGUGACUUGCAGGGAACUGGGAAGAACAGUAAACGUCUCCUGAUAAUCUAAACAGAGCUUAGUUUUCUGUAGUUACUGGCUUCCGAUAACCUUUGUAAUUACAUAGCCAAGUAUAAUCGGCAGAGCAUCCGAUUUAUUCAAUACAAGUCUCCCCAUUUAAAACAACACGAUUUUCACCUACUUCACAAUUUUAUAAAUAUCUGUCGGUAUUAACAGAGUCGGCAUUCGACUGUCCGCUAUUCCGGCCUAUCAGCUAAAAGAGUAUGUCCGAAAAAUCCGUUGAAACCCUUAAAACACCGGCCAAGGUCGUACCACCGGCAGGAUCCUUUGAGUUGCGCAGUGUGGCAUGGACUUUAUUGGUCUGUGGAGGACUUACAACUGUUUUGACCAUCGCAACAAUAUAUUUUUUACCAUAUUGGACAUUUGCCAUGCUACACGUGUACAACUGCCUCGUACCGCUUCUGCUGCUGGUUGUGGGAAUCAAGAUCAAAGCUGUGGCGCGCCGCCUGGCUGCCGGAACCUGGAAUCCAGCAGAAGAGCCAGACUACGUGUCUUACAUGGUCAAACGCAUGGUUUGUCCUCUGGGAAUCAUUCUGGUGGGCUUCAGUGACUUCUUCGGCACCCCUUCUUCUCCCACGGGCCUCUUUAAUCAAGUGAUCGCCAUGGUGGAGACACUGGGAAUUUUGUACAUGGGCAUCAACACCUCCCAUUCGGUGGCCGGGUUGACCUUGGCGUUUGGUGCCAUCGUGGGCACCACGGUGUGGAUUAGCCGCGCCUAUGAUGCGGCCGCUUCCGGUCAGGUCAAGAUGAUAAACCCGAUCAGAAGGAUCUAG